AUGCCUCGUGUAGCUCAGGUUCCACGCGCAAGUGCUGGCAGCAGGAACGCAUCUGGCUCCAUGACAGCGUCGCCUUUCCAAUCCCCGCUCAAAAUCCCUCUGAACGACGACAAACAAGAGAAGAAGGGGCGAUCGCACGCCCGACAAGCGCUCCACGAGCGACAGAUCAACGAGCUCAAAGCCGCUGCCGCCACCCCGGCGCGGAAAGGCGCCAUCAGACUGGAUAACCUCGAGAGUGCGUCGCCGGGCUCCAACCCGAGGACGCCGCGGAAAGGCCAAGGGGACGACGAUGAUCUCUUCGUGGUGGGCGGGAGCGGCGUCACGCCUAUGAAGCGUGUACCCAUCCUCGCCAACUUUGAGGAAUGGAUGAAGAUGGCGACGGACAAUAAGAUCAACGCCACCAACUCGUGGAACUUUGCGCUCAUCGACUACUUCCACGACAUGUCCCUCCUCAAAGAAGGCGAUAGUGUCAACUUCCAGCGAGCCAGUUGCACCCUGGACGGCUGUGUCAAGAUCUACACCAGCAGAGUCGACAGUGUGGCCACCGAGACGGGCAAGCUGCUGAGCGGUCUUGCCGAUAGCAACAACAAGAAGAAGGAAAGAGAAGGAGAGGGCGAGGAGAGCGACGAGGAGGAAGUGGACGAGAACGGAAACGUCAUCAAGCGAAAGAAGCAGAAGCGGCAACGCUCCUCUGAGGUAACAUUAGCGCCGUCCUUUGCCUCUCUUCAGCUGAAGAAGUUCGAACUCGAGUUCUCAGUGGAUCCUCUGUUCAAGAAAGCAUCGGCAGACUUUGAUGAAGGCGGCGCCAAGGGUCUCCUCCUAAACCACUUGAUGAUUGAUGGACAAGGCCGCAUCGUCUUUGACAGCAGUGACGAUACCAACGAUGCGUCAGCCUCAGGCAUCAAGCCGAGACGGCGAGAAGAUGUCGUCGCUGAUGAAGGUGAAGAGUCCGAAGAACAAGAAGCUACGGCGAUUGAGGAUGCACCGGAGCCCGAGGACGAGGAGGAUGUGGAAAUUGAUAUUGGUGCUUUGGGUGCCAAAUUCUUCCCCGACCUCACUAUACUCGACGGUCAAGAUGUGUGUCCCUCCCUGAAGAGCUUUGACCUCGGGAAUCCCUCCGGCUCUCUGGACAUUCCAUUCCUGCGGGCCCCGGAAGAUUGGAAGCAAGAAGAUGAAGACGGUGGUGUACCCAAUGCUGCCGGUGACAAAUCCGGCAUGUUUAUCGACGAUGACAAUCCAAUGGGCUUUGACGAUAUGACGGCCAUGGGUGGCUUCGACGUGGUUGAUGUGGCUUUCGGUGAGGGUGGCGAAGCCUGGGCUCGUGAAGCUGCGUUAGAACCUCAGAUGCGUCCCUACAAUAUCGGUACCGAGGACGGCAUGGGAGGUGGCGAUGCAAUUGAUGGCAUGGAUGACGAGAACGGCAAUUACGUCGUUCGUAUGAACCUGGACAAAAAUGGCGACAAGAUGCACGAAGAUAUUCUGGGGUACUUUGACCAAGCCCUCCAAAAGAAUUGGGCCGGACCAGAGCACUGGAGAAUACGGAAAAUCAAAGACAUCAACAAGCCCGACACCGGCACGAAGCAACGAAAGGAGAAGGAGCCUUUCGAGAUCGACUUUGUCUCGCCAUUGGAUCCGAAGCUGGCCGAGCAGAUCUAUACGCAGGCUUCGAGCCAUUCUGCCAUCUGUUUGCCCAAGAAGGAUUGGAAAUCGAAAACCAGGAAUCUACUGCCCGAUGAUAAGCACUUCAACUCCAAACAGCUCCUCAGUCUCUUCCUCAAGCCCAAGGCGCGCAUGAGCAACCGGCGUCGUUUUGCCAGUAAAAUUGGCACAUUCGGCAAUGCUGGUCAACAAGACAACCUCCCCGAAGGCGAGAUGGACGAGGCAUUCUGGGCCCAAAAGGAGCCCCAGAACGCGCAUGAUGACGAAGCGGCCAUGCCCCAGGGUGACUACGAUGCAAACUUCUUUGAUGACGAGCUGCCGUUGAAUAAAUGCGGCAUGCUUGACGAUGAUGACGAUCUCGAGUUUGCCGAUGCCAGAGAUCAUUUCUCUCCAGGCGCCGAAGUCCCUGCCACAGAGAACGUAGGCCUCACGGCUAUGGGCGAGCUCGGCAUGACGACUGGCGGGUUUGGAACACAGCUGGUCACGUCAACACGCAGAUUGCGGCCCGAGUAUGUACAGUAUGCUCGCGUAGCCAAAAAGGUGGAUGUCCGACGGUUGAAGGAGGAGCUCUGGAAAGGCAUUGGGCUUGAGCAGCUCGACCUUGACAGUGCUAGAGUGCCUACACCACACACAAACCAGGAGUCUACAUCAGAACCGCCGGCCGAGCCAACGCUCAAGUUUACACAGGUCAUGAAUAGCCUGCAAACAGUCUAUCCCAAGGCCGUCAUGGACGAUAUCUCAACGAGCUUCUGUUUCAUCUGCCUGUUACAUCUGGCCAACGAGAAGGGACUCUCAAUCGAGAACACGCCGGAACUGAUGGAGCUGGACAUCCGCAGAGACCCGACGGCCGUGGUGACGGGCGAGGUUUGA